GCAAGACGACGUCGGAAUGCACGGGAGUUCACACAUGGAUCCGCGGAAAUAAAUAGCAAGCUAUUUAGCUAGCAUCUGUCAUAACGAAUCACUAAAGCGUUAUUCUGCUUUUGUUUUGCACUUUAUAAAGUAUUAACAUGUCAAUUUUCACACCGACAAACCAGAUUCGGCUCACAAAUGUGGCGAUCGUGAGGAUGAAAAAAGGAGGGAAACGAUUUGAAAUAGCAUGUUAUAAAAAUAAAGUUAUGAGUUGGAGAUCUGGAGCGGAAAAGGAUUUGGAUGAAGUCUUGCAGACUGAUAAGGUUUUCAUAAACGUGUCCAAGGGACAGGUGGCUAAGAAGGAAGACUUGUCAAAGGCAUUUGGAACAGAGGAUGUAACAGAAAUAUGUAAACAAAUAUUAGCAAAAGGCGAACUCCAGGUAUCAGACAAGGAGCGACAGACUCAGCUGGAACAGAUGUUCAGGGAUAUCGCCACCAUAGUAGCAGAGAAGUGCGUGAAUCCAGAAACCAAGCGACCAUAUACCGUCAACCUAAUCGAACGUGCCAUGAAGGACAUCCAUUACUCUGUCAAAGCAAACAAAAGCACGAAACAGCAGGCCCUGGAGGUGAUCAGACAACUGCGGGAGUCCAUACAGAUCCAGAGAGCACAUAUGAGGCUUCGAUUUGUUCUGCCAGCCAAGGAAGGAAAGAAGCUGAAGGAGAAGCUCAAGCCCCUCAUAAAGGUCGUGGAGAGCGAAGACUUUGAUGACCAGCUGGAGAUGGUGUGUCUGAUUGACCCUGGCUGCUAUCGUGAGAUUGACGAGCUCAUUCGCUGCGAGACGAAGGGGAAAGGAUCGCUGGAGGUGCUGAGCCUGAAGGAUGUGGAAGAGGGAGAUGAGAAGCUGGAGUAGUCUGCUCAUCAGUCUCUGGCCACUCUUAAAUUUACUGCACACUAACAAAAUCCAAGCAAAAAUGAUGUGCUUUUGUAAAACUGAUCCCUCAUUAUUGUUUUUUUUUUUGCUUGAUUGCUGAAUAUUAUGUUCAGAUCCUCCCCUCCCUUUUACCAUUUUUCACGUACCAAUAACAUGCAACACAGGAGGAUUUUUUGAAAGCUAUGUGUAGUAUUUCUGUUCAGAAGAUACAAGGUAAGUUGUGUAUCUCAUAGUUCUUAACAAAAUAUUCAGUCAGCUGGAGUUACUGCCAGAGAAGCUGACAUGAAGAACAUUGUUCAAGAGCAUGACAGCGUUCCAGCUGGGUUACCGACCCGCAGCCCACAGGUCAUUGGUAAAUAUCCCCCAAAGACUACACACAGCUGUCCUUUGUUUCGGGAUGUGAAUCAGUUGUGCUGAUUUAGGUAAAAUACAUUAUCAGUCAAGUGACAGCUGGUGACAUGUUUAAAACAUUAAUUGGGAUGGUGCCUGUAGUAUGGCUGUCACCACUCAGUUUGGUUUAGGGGCACAGAAUUCAACAGAAAACGUCUGAUGUGAUUUAAUUUCAUAGAUACAUAGCAUUUGAGGGGAGGAACAAGCAAUGCACUUGUAAUACCUGAUAUACACAAUCUAUAUAUUGUGGUGCUCAAUUUCCCCUAAUCCUAAAGGGAUAACCUAGAAGGUUUAUUAGCUGUGUGUCUUUUUUACAUUAAAUAUCCCUUUCUCAUGGAUUUCAAAAUAUUCAGCUCCAUAUGAAGCACAGAUUAUAUGUUCAAACACAGAGGAAAAAGACAAUAAAAUAUAAAUGUAA